ACUUUGUGCAACCCUGAAACAAAUCGGGGCGCGUAAAAUAUCGAGCCGACCGGAGCGUGAACUUUACAUGGAAUUAUUGUGCAAAGUUCGCUGAAUAAUUGUCGCCGCAAAAUUAAUCAAAAAUUUAUGUACGGCGUAACGUUGCGAUUUUUUUAUGCUUUCUGAAACAUACCGGAACCGAAAACGGGGCAAGUUAGUGGGAUCGAGUUUGAAAUACUAUUAUUUUUUUUGAGCGUAUUCCCAUGUCAUGCGAAUUUCGGUCGUCUGCGUCUGAAUUGUGGAAAGUGAAACAGACAAUGACAAAAUUUCUUACCAGGAAGUGGAGACUGAGAUAACAUGAAUAUCUGCAUUUUAAUACUAACAUAUUCGUGACGGUAACCGGGCCACCAGCAGGGUCAGCAUGCAUGCAGGCGGCGACGAGUAUUCCGAACUGGCCGAGCUGGGCGGUUACGGGGCAACCAAACGGUACGGCGGAGGCAGCCACGGGUGGCGGGCUACGACACUCGGCGCUUCUCCCGCUGAAGCCGAAGACGCCAUCGGAGCGGACGGAAGCCCACGAAGCCAUCCCGGACGACCACGGUCGGGUCUCUACUAUUCGCCGCCGGGCACUUCCUACACCAUUGUCGAAAGGCCUUCGUCUGUCAUGCACCACCGCGAGCGGGAUUACGGUAGUACGAGGGAUAGAGACCAUUACAGUACCUUAAAUCCGAGGGGUACGUACUUGGGUUCGAACCCCAACUUCUCAAGUACGCGCACUCUCUCGUCAAGCAACAACAAAAAGCGCCCAAUUUCGCCCGAGCAGGUCCUCCGAUUGUUUGGGUCAGCAAAUCACUCUUCGGGGUCGAAAGCUAACCCAGAACGACCCAGGAGGUCGCCGGCGAGUAGUCCACCUUCGACGACGCAUCAAAUAAACUACAGACCGCCGGUUUACUCGCCAUCUAUUCACGAGUUGAUCACGAGGACUGUAACCAUGGUGAGGGAUCCUCAGGAUGGGACCCACGGUUUUGGAAUUUGCGUGAAAGGAGGCAAAGAAGCCGGAGUUGGGGUUUAUAUAUCGCGAGUAGAAGAAGGAAGCGUGGCUGAGCGUGUUGGCCUGAGGCCGGGAGAUUCAAUUUUGGAAGUGAAUGGAAAACCAUUUACGGGGAUCUCGCACGAAGAAGCUUUAAAGAUGCUCAAAUCAUGUAGAAAGUUGAGUAUGACGGUUAGAUCGCCAGCGCUACCGGGAGAUGUGUUGGGUGGUAGAGGAGCUUCUUGGCAGCGGCAAACCUGUUCGUGGAUGGACCGUCAUGGAAGACCUGUAUCGCCCCCUAUAGAAUACUCUGGUAGUGGACGAGGACCAUCUAGGUGUGGUUUCCAAAAAUCCGCAGGAAAAGAGAGGAAUGUCAGAAGGGUCGAUUUGUGUAUAGAACCAGGCCAGAGCUUAGGACUGAUGAUAAGGGGUGGAGUAGAAUACAACUUGGGGAUUUUCAUCACGGGAGUCGACAAAGACUCUGUAGCCGACAGGGGAGGGCUCAUGGUGGGCGACCAAAUUUUAGAGGUGAACGGUCAGUCGUUCUUGGACGUCACACACGAUGAAGCUGUCGCCCAGCUGAAGUACCACAAACGAAUGAGUCUUCUCGUAAGAGACGUGGGAAAAGUCCCGCAUUCAUGCACUGCCUAUGAUAGAGACUGGGAUCUUUGUAGUCCUGGGAGUCGAGCUGCCGCGACCACACGAAAAUGGGCAGCAGCUCUUCAGAUGGUCGAAGAGAAAGCGCGAUGCCUCCUCGCUAGACCGGAAUUCACCACCCUAUGUUACUAUACGGACGAGUAUGUCGCCCGUCAUAUGACCAUAGAUGCCUUCGUACAAUGCAUGACUGAAUUACUUAACACUCCUGAUAAGUAUACUCUUAUGACCGAAUUAAGAGAAAUCGUAGCAGUCGAAGACCGUUCGAGAUUCGACGAACUAGUUUAUAGGAGAGACGCCGAGUUGCUAAAAACUCGGGAUCCUAGGGAACACGAUUAUCGGCAUUCUAGGAGAAAAGGAAUCCCGGUUCCCGAGGCGAAUCACUCGAUUUACGCUGGUUAUCCUCAGGACUACGAAUUUCUGCCCCAGGGGAUAUUUAGUGCUGAAGAUUACCGUUCGCCUAGUGAGGACUCUGGAUUGGGAAUGGGGUAUACCGAGAAGCAGAACGUGAGAAAACGUCCGCCGAGCGCACCUGCAAAAUGCGUUUCGGAAAUAAACGAAGGCCGUCACCAGAGCCAGGAAUAUGUGGGCGGUGGCGAGGAAGAUGCCCUGGAAAGUAGGAGGCACUCAAGCCCUGGCGAUUCCAGGUCCGGCAGCACGACAGCGUUGCAUCAGCAGGACUUUCAAGAUUCGAGCGGGUACCUGGGAGGCCUACGGUCAAGCUUGGGCGGGUUGACACAGAAAGUGAAGUCUUGGUACUGGGGCAGACCUUUAGAACUCGCCAAUAAGCUGUCCCGCAGCUUCGAUAUGAAAGAGGAUUCUUCGUUGCUGGAAAACGAAGGUGGCAUGAGAAGGCACCAGUCGAUGCAGAGGUUAACCAGAGAUGGCACGUCGGAACCCAGGGAAGCCGCCCGAGUUGUGCAAGACGAAGAGGGCAAUCUUCGUGUGACCGUUAAAAAGACAAAACCUAUUUUGGGCAUAGCUAUAGAAGGUGGUGCCAAUACGAAACAUCCUUUGCCGAGGAUAAUCAAUAUAAACGAGAAUGGUGCUGCCUACUCUUGCGGAGGUCUCGAGGUAGGUCAGUUGAUCCUGCAAGUGGACGGCACCCGAGUGGAAGGACUGCAACACCAGGACGUGGCUCGACUCAUAGCCGAAUCGUUUGCUAGACGUGAUCGAAACGACAUCGAAUUUCUGGUUGUUGAAGCGAAAAAGAGCAAUAUGGAACCUAAACCCACGGCACUGAUCUUCCUCGAAGCAUAACAUUUGCUUCGCCUCCCCCCUAGUGACCCCCCGGGGCCUAUCAUUGUCACCGAAGCCGAGGAUGUCGGGAAAAACGACUGACAAUUAGAGCUCCAAACUGUCCAAGCUAUAUCGCAAGAGCCAGAUACAGGCGGUAUAUGUUGUUGCAUUUGCCAAUAACGUUUGCCGGAUUUAAAACGCAUUUUGGCUUCGCUGAUUCGAAUUUUAUCUGGAUUCAGCGUAUUGCGUGUUUUUGAAAGUUGUUAACCUAUAAUUUUUCGCAGAUAAAGUAACUUUAUAUUUGCUAUUUGGAGGAUAAGGAAAAAGAAUUUAUUAUUAGGAUAAGUACUCUUGUUGACCAUCCCUCGACCUCCUAGCGUAACUUGAAAUUACAGAUUCCUAACCAAAAUUUUGCUACUAAAAUGCUAAUUUCAUAAGGAUUUAUUUAAUAAACAAAACGCAAGAAAUUCUUAACGUUAUUUCUCCUACUGCCUAGGAAAUAUAAUUGCAACAAAAAGCUAAGCUAAAAUAAUGCCCUGGAAGAGUGUUAAGACUAUUUUAAGAAUAUCCUAAGUAAAAUAAAGUUGGGUAAUGGGAAAACUGUAACACUAAAAACUAAAAAUGCAUUUUUGAAUAAUAUUUAAAGCGUGCAAGAAUUUAAAUCUUUUCUUCAGUAAUUAUUAUAAUAGGCACUAAGCGUGACGUUGGAUUUUUGAUAAAAUAUCAUCAGCCGUAUGACAAUGGCAAUAAUUUCUAUCCAUUAUUGCAAACAGAAGCAAUUCGAAGCGGCAUUUUAAGGGUAUGCCUUUGACAGUUGGAGGCUCCAUGAAGAAUAAAAUUCUACAACUACUACAUAUCAUUCGUCGAAAAGCAAUAUUCGAACAUUUUGAUGUAAACUUUUCUUAUGGCAACUGGGGUUCGUGAUCUUAAAUAUAAACCUAAUCUGAAAACUUCAACCCAAUUUCAAGUUUUGGCGCCAAACACAAAGCGUUCGAAUUAUGCUGUAGCUGUGGUGGUAGGGUCAGUAAAAUACUUUUACAUUGCAAUUCUGUGAUUUUAUACUUAACUAACAAUAAAUUUGGGCGAAAAGAAGCAUAUCACGUUUUUUUCUCCAACCUAGUCGAUUAUUUGAUCUGUAACAAUAAAAUCGAUCAAUAAGCAAAUUCGUACCCAUUACUGAAAAAAGCAAAAAUGUAAAAGUAUUUCUAACUUGUAGAUUUACUAAUUAAAUACUAUAAUAUGCAUUAAAACCAUUGUAAUAAAACAUCAAUUUCAUCGAUAAUUGUUAUGAUUGUUAUUAAUUGUUGUGUACAGCUUUAGUGAAAACAAACGCUUUUGUCGCAGCGUAAUGGUUGUGCAUAUUAUAAAUGUCGUAUUUUAAAUAUAAACAAGGACAAAUGAAUUUGAGAGCAACAAACUCGGUUACAUCGAGUUGAAAGGAAACUAGCUAUAGGAACACCAUCAACCAGAAAUUAAGAAAAUCGAAUUAGAAGACAGUAAACUAACUACAAAUUCUUAUCAAAUUCUGCAAAUACCCCAAAUCUACAGCAUCGACUGCUAGGGAUCUGUGCCCUCGUCUAAUCAUAAUAUUUUCUAUAUACUGUUAAAUAUUUUAAUGUAUUUUCAAUAUACCAGUGUUUUCUCUGUUUCCUCUUCAAAAAUUGGUAUAAGUUAAUGUUGUUGCCUUUGUAAACCAUACUUUAGACAUUUACUGAAUAUAUAAACGUCAGUCAAAUUUACUUCACAUAUAUCACACUUAAAAGGACGUUCACCGUUAAGAAGAUGUUUGUGGGUAAUGGUUGUGUGUCCUGUAGGCACUCUAAAACUCGUAGUGCUUUCGUCUGGGUAGUUCUGUGGAUGCAUAUUUUGCCGUUAUUUCUAAGCAAAAUGUUUUGCAAGUCCUGACUGAUUUUUUCGUUGCGAUCUCAUCGUCAUCUAGCAGUUCCCUUUCCUCUUUAGCGUCUAUAUUUUACUGCUACAAAGCGUGUGAUACUUCUUCUACUAUAGAAGAAUAGAAUAUAAUUCAUUGUUUGGGUUUUUGGAUAUACUUGUACAAUCGUCAUAUACGUUGUAUGUAUGUCAUCGAUACUUUUUUUCGUGGGUCUAGUGGCAUCAAUCCAGAUCCACAGUAAAGGUUCCGGAUUGGUGUUGUUGGAGAAGCACUCAAGCAUUACCUAAUUCCGAUAUUUUGAACCCAAUCUUGUAAUCUUGUAAUAAAUGAGAGCUUUGUAUAUUUGAAGCAUGAGGUUUUCUUAGUCGACGAAAAUGCGAACAUUAAGUUUUUUCUUUUGAAAAUUUAAAACCAAUUUUUUUGUUAUAUAUCCUUUUUUACCACUGCAGAACACUUCUAUAUCAUCUACUAAUCUAUCUACUAUAUAUUAAUCAUUAAUAAAUAUUAAUUAUAAUAUUAAUCAUUAAUAAAUAAUGGAAGCGUACCCUUUAGACCUUUUUUUUCAGUUUUUCUAGUGCUGUGGUCCUUCAUCAUGUCGAAAGCUCCAUACCAAGCUGAAGGCUUCCUGUAUAUGAUGUUCAAGCAGCACUAGAUGACGAAUAUUCGAUCGUUUUUUUCUAUAUCCUGCUUGAGACAAAUAAGUCGUUACUCUCUAUGUAGCUCUGAAGUCUGUUGUUCACAAUUCUGUCAAACAGUUUGCCCAUGCAGCAGGUUCAAGGUUGGAAACUUUCUCUCCAGGAUUUGGGGUAGACAUUCUCAGACCUAGCUUGGUCGCUAAAUCUCCGACAUUCAUAUUUAGGAAUAUCAAUAAGUGAAGUGACAGUAGCGGAGUUGUUCUAUUACAACGAACAACUGCUAUCUGUGGUGGAGUUAGAUGAUUACAAAUUGAUACGAAACAAUUAAGGAAGGAAGUAAGGAAUCAUUAUUUUUCCGAAGAAAAAAAUGAGCAUCAAGCAAAUGAAACAGAGUUUAUUGUUUGAUGGUUAAAACUCUUCAAUUCCGACUUGACUUGACCCAACUAAGAUUUCAUUAAUAACACAUUGACUUGACGCUUGAUGAUUGUAUAAAAUAUUUUACUAGGCAGUCCAAAACUGACUGGAUAUAUCUACUUGUCGAAAAAAAAAUGUCAAUCCUAAAAAUUUCAAGGAAUAUCCUAUUGCGCAUUGUGAUAAUAACUUUUUUUUAUUAAGUCGUAUCGUAAGAUUUGAUUCGAUACCAUAUGCUACAACUUACUAGCACUAGUACAAGUACUCGUUACUCAAAUUAGAACGGAAUCUCAAUGUAACAAAAUAAUUUGUUGUUCUACAAAUUCACCAACGUAAAGCAAUCAAAUUUAGGAAUGUUUAAAAUAUGACAAUCGGUGACACAUCCUGCAAUUUCUAGAGGGAGAGGCACUGUAGCACUAAAAAAAGGAAAAACAAAACAUGUACAUACAAGAAAAUUAUAUUUUAAAAAUAAUUAUUUUCUAUCGAUUACAUUGUGGAAACCCCUAUGGACAUAAACUAUAAGAAAGCUAAGAAUUUAUAGCCGUGCCAAAAACAAGCUUGUAUAACGCAAAAUAUAGCCUUAUAUUGCGAAUUUUCUAAAAUAUCGCCCCGUUGUAUAUUUGUAUAGUGUUACGGUAAUGUAAAAGACUAUAGAUCUCGAUCGAUCCUUUUUUUAGAUUCGAAGUUGCUCAUUUUGCGGUUCACAGGAGAUUGCACACAAACUUUCGACGAGUUUGGCCUACCGUACUUAUAUAAAAUUAUAAUUAAAAAAAUGCAAUCAAGACUUGGUGCGAAUAAGCAUUUUAGGAAACACGAAGUGACAAAAAAGGAUUAAGAUGUGUUUUAUGAUUAUGCUAACACAAAAGUUAAGAGGGCAUUAACCCCAGCUAUUUUCUCUAUACAGAUCCAGUUUUUAAAACAAAUGCAUAAUAUAUUCUCGGGAGACAUAAUCGACCUAUCCAACAUUUUGAUAAAUUAGUAUCGUUUUUUUUUUGUUUUAUGUAGUUUAUUGACAGAUUCUUCAAUUUGUCCUAAUUGAGCAUUUUGGUUCAAAUUUCAGUGUGUGUAUAAGCCAACCUACAAUAUGAAAAAAAAAUUGAUUUAAAAAUUAAAAAAUGCAUGUACUAUUAAAAUAUAUCAAAUGAAAAGGAUCGAUUAUUAUGUAUACUUCAUGCUCAAUCAGAUUAUAUGAGAGAUGACACCAAAUUUCCACUGGGACAUUCAAAUUACAGUCAAAAUAAAAUUGCCUACUGGCACGAUAGGGGAAGUUUUUUGUUGGAAAAUUUUAUUAACGGGGCUUAAAAUUACGAACCUUAUUGUGCCCUCUUAAUAUGUUAGGAACUGCAUUUCGAUCCGCAAUAAUUUAAAUGAAAGAUCAAAAAACAUCUCAUCAUGUUAUCGUACUCGUUUGUACCAGUUGUCGUUAGCAUUCUUAAAUAUAAUAUGUCCGCCUUCACUGCAACUUGCAAAGCACUGUUAAGUUAAGCGUCAUUUAAUAUUACGUAUUACUUAACUUAAGCAUUACUUAUAAUAACACGACGAUUAGUUUAGAUAAGGAAACUAGAGCUUCUAGAAAAUUUGUUGUCUACUGUGUAAAUUCGUACCGUAUUAUAUUAGGAAUAUAGCACGAUUAUCAAAAAAUUAACUGCAACCUUGAAAAUACGCCGACUUAGUUUUUCAUGUCGAAUUUUUAAAUGAAAAUGUAAUGUUGAACUGUUCAAUUUAAUAUGCUUCAUUAUAAAGCAGACUUGAAGGUUUUUAGUAUAUGAAAAUAUAAAUUAAUUUCUAAAUAAAUUCUAAAAUAGGAUCAAGUUUUAUUCUUAACACAAUGUUUUACUUUUUUGAUUAUUGAAAUUAUUUGUAUAUUAAUAAUUAUGAAAGGAACGAUUCCUUUUCUCCGUAAGAUUUUGUACAUCUUUAGAAAGUAGUUGACAUUAAAAAAAAUUUAAGAGGCAAAAAUGUCAUCAUUAUGUAUCUAACCACCGCAAAUGUGUUACAUUACACAACUUCUGAAUGUUAAAUGAUCCAGUGGUAUCCUCUCAUCUUAUAAAUAUUUAUAAAAGGUUGUCUUUGCUAUUUUCUAGACGACAAAAAAAAAGAUACAACGAUCUUUUGUUGGUUAAUGUGGCAUAGAUAAAAAAAAUUAAAAAAUGCGCGAAAAUGGAGGAUAAUAUUACGACGAGAAUAAUGAAAUUAUUAUGAACUAACUUUGAAUCAGUACGAAUUUACAUAUAAAUCACAACUUGUUGCAUAUUAACUGCUGAACUAAUUAAGAGAAAUACCUGUAUAUAGCGACUAGGUGCUACAAUCGACUUUGUUCCCAAAACGUUUGAUAAUUUGUAUUUUUUAAAUAAGUUAACGUUUUCGCUAAUGUUAAAUAUUGUUGUUGAUAAUACGCGUAAAAAAUCAGGG